AUGGCGGCAGCUUCAGCAAGUCGAGGAGUCGUGGUGACCCUGGGCCUAUGUGAGAUUCACAUUCAUUUAAGCCAGUGCUCACCCACCAGCCAGGGCAUCAGGGACUUCACUGAGAAACAUUAUGUGGAGUUGAAGAAGGUGAAUCCCAAUCCGCCCAUCCUAAUUCACGAAUGCUGGGACGUGCAGCUCAAGCUCUGGUCCCACUACACAUUUAGUCAAGAGAAGAACGUCUCUUUGAACAACUUCAAUGCCGAUCAGGUAACCAGAACCCUGGAAAAUAUUCUAGGUGGCAAAGCCUGA